UUUUUAGUGUCCAUGGCACCAUCCCCAACUGUCACCACCGCCGCUCCCAACUCUCUCUUCUCUCUCCUCUCUAAUCGCCCGGGAUGUCAAACUCAGUCGAAGAAAAACAAGCACAAACCCCACCAAAACCUAACUCCGACCAUGAAGACGAAGAGGACGAAGAUGAAGAUGAAGAUGAAGAGCAAGAAUUGCCAUCGAAUCCCCUAUCCCGAGAGGCACAACUACGCGCGCACAAGUCGAAGAUCGACUACCUCUUCCGUCGAAUGCAGACCGAGACGGUCCAUCUCCGAGUCCACGACGUGUUGAUCAAGGGUAACGCCAAGACCAAGGAGUGGCUCAUCGAGGCCGAGCUGGAGGACGUGAAGAGUGCCACCACGUUACAGGGGCUGCUCGAGGCGGCCGGGAUUGCUAAUGCGAGGCUUCAGCAGCUCGAUAUUUUCGAUUCCGUUAGAAUCACGCUCGAUUUGGGCCCGCCGGAGCUACCCGGGACUGCAAGUGUCAUAGUCGAGGUUGUGGAGACUAGCAGCCCUAUCACCGGAGAGUGCGGCGUGUACAUGAAUACCGCGGCUAGAUCUGCCAUCUUCGACGGUUCUCUCAAGUAUAAAAAUUGCUUCGGUUACGGGGAUGUGUGGGAUGGGUCGGUGGGCUAUGCUCCCAACCAAACAUCAGAGGUUAGUGCUGGUGUGUUUUUGCCCAGAUUCAAAGGAUUGUUAACUCCUGUGCUGCUACGAGCAUCCCUGCUUUCCCAAGAUUGGCAAGAGUUCUCUUCUUACAAAGAAGGAUUGCUGGGUCUUUCUCUUUGCUUGUUUUCCACCAGGCACCAUGACUUAGUAUAUAAUCUUGGAUGGCGUACCCUAAUGGAUCCAUCAAUAAUGUCAUCCAGGUCAGUAAGGAGGCAGCUUGGACAUGGUUUGCUUUCAUCUUUGAAGUACACAUUUAAGAUUGACAGGAGGAAUUCACCCGCGAGGCCUAUCAAAGGAUAUGCUUUUGUUUCUACUACUCAAGUAGGCGGCCUCUCACCAGAUCACAGAAGCUUGAGAUUUUUGCGCCAGGAGUUAGAUCUUCGGUAUGCAGUCCCUUUUGGCUUUUAUCAUGCCGCACUCAAUUUUGGGAUCUCCGGUGGUGUUAUAUUUCCAUGGGGCUGUGGAUUCUUGAACAAGCCCUCUCCCUUGCCUGAGAGAUUCUUCUUGGGGAUUGAUUUCUCUCCAAUUUGCACUUUGGGUGGCCCAACGACCAUUUGGGGAUUUAAGACAAGGGGACUGAGACCUGCAGAGCCACUAAGACAAAUUAGAGAAAAAAGUAAUGAUGAGAAUUCUGGUUUUCCUGGAAGGGAUUUUCUUGGAGGAGACCUUGCUGUUACUGCUUUUGCAGACCUUUCUUUUGAUCUUCCAAUUAAGUUGUUAAGAGAACGUGGAGUCUAUGGACACAUUUUUGCUGGUGCUGGGAACCUCGCUAAACUAACAGAGAAUGAGUUCCGAAAUUUCUCUUUUCGCCAGUUCUUAGAGUCAUUCCGAAGCUCUGUAGGAGUUGGGAUUGUUGUUCCCACUAAACUUUUCCGCCUAGAGGGCAACUUCUACUACAUGCUCAAGCAAGAUGAUCAUGACCGCGGCAAGACUGGCUUUCGGUUUAACUUUUCUUCUCCAUCAUAGAGUCUGAAUUUUUUUCCCUGAUGAUUGAUAUUUGGAAGCGUUCAGGUUAUACACGAGUAUUUUUUAAAAAAUUAAUUAGAUUGUUCUCAACACUGUCAGUAUGGACAAGGGAAUGUUAUCUGCACUCUGAUAUUCAGACUGGAAGUUUAGUAAGCAUGAUGUUUACUGAAAUUGAGGGAAAUGUGUUUCAGUAUUGGCAUA